AUGGACACCAGCAUAGAGCCUGGUCCAGCCAACCAGCCCAAACUGCCUUCGUCGCAUGACAACACGCAGGCAUCAACAACUCCAGCUGAGAAAACCGGGUCAGCAGCGUUGCACUUGCCUUCACUGUUGGUCACACGAAUUGGGGACGUUCCUGUGCUCAGCUGCCAGGGAGCGCAGGGAGGCCAGGCCCGCUCCCACGGCCGCUGCAGUGCGCUGGUGUUGCUGUUGCCAGAUCAGAUGACCCGAGGACAGGCUGUGCGACACCGGGAAUUACAGGCACGACAUCAUUUUACUUUUUUUUCUUUCCCCCUCCCCCCCCCAAAGAUCUUCAGUCUUGAUCUUGGAGGCAUAUCUGCUAUUGUACUGAAUGGCUAUGAUGCGGUAAAAGAAUGCCUUGUUCAUCAAAGUGAAAUUUUUGCAGAUAGACCGUCUCUUCCCUUGUUUAAGAAGCUGACAAACAUGGGAGGCUUACUGAACAGUAAAUAUGGCAGAGGAUGGACAGAACACCGCAAAUUAGCUGUAAAUACCUUUCGAAUUUUUGGAUAUGGUCAAAGGUCCUUUGAACACAAAAUUUCAGAAGAAUCUAUGUUUUUUCUUGAUGCCAUUGAUACAUACAAAGGGAGACCAUUUGAUCUUAAGCACUUCAUAACAAGUGCUGUUUCAAACAUUACUAAUUUGAUUAUUUUUGGAGAACGUUUUACAUAUGAAGAUACUGAAUUUCAGCACAUGAUUGAGAUUUUUAGUGAAAACAUUGAAUUAGCUGCUAGUGCUUCUGUAUUUUUAUAUAAUGCUUUCCCUUGGAUUGGUAUCUUGCCAUUUGGGAAACACCGGCAGCUGUUUAAAAAUGCAGCUGAAGUCUAUGACUUUCUUCAUGAGCUUAUUGAACGUGUCUCUGAAAAUAGGAAGCCUCAGUCACCUCGGCAUUUUGUAGAUGCAUAUCUAGAUGAGAUGGAUUGCAAUGAAAAUGAUCCAGAAUCAACAUAUUCAAGAGAAAACUUAAUUUUCUCCGUUGGAGAACUCAUCAUAGCUGGGACAGAAACCACAACAAAUGUUUUAAGAUGGGCAGUGUUAUUUAUGGCUCUUUAUCCAAACAUUCAAGGACAAGUUCAAAAAGAAAUCGAUUUAGUCAUCGGCCCAAACAAAAUGCCUGCCUUAGAAGAGAAAUGCAAAAUGCCAUACACUGAGGCUGUUCUGCAUGAAGUUCUAAGAUUCUGUAAUAUAGCUCCACUAGGUAUUUUUCACGCAACUUCCAAAGAUACUGUUGUGCGUGGUUACUCUAUUCCUGAAGGCACUACAGUCAUUACAAAUCUCUACUCCGUUCAUUUUGAUGAAAAAUACUGGAGCAAUCCAGAAGUGUUUUUUCCUGAGAGAUUUUUGGACAGCGGCGGGCAGUUUGUCAAGAAAGAUGCAUUUAUUCCUUUUUCACUAGGAAGAAGACAUUGUCUUGGAGAACAGCUGGCUCGAAUGGAAAUGUUUUUGUUUUUCACUUCAUUACUACAACGAUUUCACCUGUGUUUUCCUCAUGGCGUGAUUCCAGAUCUCAAACCAAGAUUAGGCAUGACAUUACAACCACAGCCAUACCUCAUCUGUGCAGAGAGACGAUGA